UGAGGUGAUAUCCUAGUGCCUGCAGCUGAGGAGCAGGUGAGUCAGGUUCCUGGGUGCCCAGUUACACAAGCCAGAUACAGCCAGCCCCACCUAAUUUUUGUUUCUUUGCACUCUCUUGCUCAGUGAAACAUUGCCACACAAACUCACUUGUUUUCUUUAAUACAUGGAAGACUACUUCCAGCCCGAAUAACUGUGGUAUUUCAGUUCCUGUUCAAACACCCGCUAGACUGGAAGAUUCUUCCUAAUAUAACUGAGCCAAAGAAAGCUACAAUGUUUAGUUUAGGUGAAAUUCUUUUGAUUUCAACCUUGUGUAUUUCACUGUCAAAUGGAAGUCUUGCAAAAGAAAAUCCAGAAAUAAAUAAAACAGAAAGCAUUCCAGAAGAUAUGAAAACAAUGAAAAAUCAUUCCAUUUCCUGGCAAAAUGAUGUUAUUUUAAGUUCAAAUGAAUAUACAAACACAUACAAUCUCAAGGCAAGUAAUUCAUCUCUUCUGAAUGAAUCAAACAUCCACGAAGUUACAGAUUCCUCUAGUAAGUUGGUUACAAGCAACUUUACUGAUAGUCCAAGGCCUACACCUGUGUUUUCCACAAGCUCUCCCUUGAUUCAUGGUUUUGUCUCUAGAUUGCCUUGGAACUCUUCUUUAGCAGAUAAAACUCUUUUGACUGUCUCAACACAUCCCACUGCUACAAGUGUUGCAUCAUCAGAAAAUUUCUCUUGGUCUUUGGACAACAAUACUGUGAAAACUCCUGAUAACAGUUCCGCUACAGUGAACAUCCUCCCUCCAGCACCAACCACAAACUCUGUGACUUCCUUGACCAGGGAAUCAACCGAAUUGCCUAACACAGACAAUGAAAGUUAUGCUGGGUUUACCCCCUAUCCAGAAGAAACUACUCUACAGCCCACAAUAAAAUUUACCAAUAAUUCAAAACAUUUUCCAAAUACUUCAGACUCACAAAAAGAAAAUAGAAAUACAGGAGUAGUAUUUGGAACAAUUUUAGGUGCUAUCCUGGGUGUAUCACUGCUCAGUCUUGUUGGCUAUUUGCUAUGUGGAAAAAGGAAAACAGAUUUGUUUUCCCAUCGACGACUUUAUGAUGACAGAAAUGAACCAGUUUUGCGAUUAGACAAUGCACCUGAACCUUAUGAUGUGAGUUUUGGGAAUUCUAGUUACUACAAUCCAACUGUGAAUGACUCCUCUGUGCCACAAAUCCGAGAACAUGCCCGGGAUGGCAUUCCUAUGGAAGACAUACCUGCACUUCGUACCUCAAUACCCAAUUAAAAUGAAGUUUGCUACAAACAGCAAGUGGCAACUAUUUCCUGACAUUUUAAUAAAUUCAUCUUCCAAAAGAAUUUGUAAGAACAUUGUCCUGUAGAUUGUACAUCAAGAAUUU